AUGGCCUCCUCAUCAGGAAUCACUCAAGGAUUGGAGAAUUUGAGGAUCGAAACAUCGCAUGGAUUCGCACCGAAGAUGCCGGCGGGAAAGGCGGGACAAGCCUCCAAUGUUCGUACGAACUCAAUUGAGCUCGCCAUCAAGCCUAACGUGUCCAUCUACAAGUAUGACGUGCGCAUGAACGAACUCUACCCGGGGAAAGAUGGAGGAAUCAAGGAGAAGGAGCUGGUUAAACAAACUAAAGACGAUUAUUUGGAACAAGAGCGCAAGCAGAAGACGGUCAUCCUCUUCAAGCAUCUGGCCGCGUCGAAGAAGUUGCCUCCACUCGCUGAAAUGGUCUAUGAUCGUGCUGCCAUCAUGUUCUCGACAAAGAAGCUCGUGAGGAUGGAGAUCAAGUUGAGCCAAGGUGAACUGAAGAAGAUCGACUAUUCGCCGAAGCCCGAUCUCAUCGAAGUACAAAUUAUCGUCAAGCCGGUCACUGAGGGAUAUCAAUUAUCAUCAAAUGAUGUUUCUCGUGGAGACUCGAAGGAAAUCCUGGAAUUCCUCAAUGUGCUCACAUCGCAAGUCGCCUUCUUCACGCCGGGCUCUUUCAUUGUUUAUGGCAACAACAACAUCUUCCUCUACGAUCCCUCCUCGUGCGGCUUUCAAGGAAGGGACUUGCCAUCGCUGCCCGAAGGCAAAUACAUGGGCGUUGGAGCUUCGAAGUCGGUGAAGCUUCUCGAAGGAAGCAAUGGAAAGCCAGUGCCAGUGAUCACAGUGGAUGUUGCAAAAGCCGCUUUCCACAACGACAAUCAACCGGUUCAUGAGAAAGUCGCCGCAAUCCUUGAUUGUGGAGUAAACGAUGUUGCUCGGUGCCUCAAUAAUCAAUCAACCAAGAAGAUUGUGGCCGCGGCAAUCAAAGGUCUGGUCCUCCAAACCACUUACUUGGGAGAAAAGAAUGUAUCUUUUUCUGCCAGGGGGUUGGGCCUUCCUGCAUCGCAAGCCAAAUUUGUCAUCGAUGAUAAAGAAACUCUCGUCAGCACCUACUUUGCCAACAAAUACAAGCUAAACCUGAAGUUUCCGAAUCUGCCCGUGAUCGGCUCAAAUAGAGGUUCUUUCUUCCCGAUGGAGCUCCUGAUAGUCGCUCCCAAUCAACGCGUUACCUUUGGACAACAGACGCCGGCUCAAAUGCAAAUCCAGAUCAGAGCAUGCGCCGUUGCUCCAUCAACUCGUCUGCAACAAACGGAUCAAGUGAGCCGAGCUGUUGCCGUUGCACCUGGAUCAAAAAACCCCAACUUUGUGGCGGCAGGAGUCACAAUUGGAGAGAAGGCGAUGACCGUUCCAGGACGAAUUCUACCAGUUCCAACGAUCCGCGACAAGAAGAACUCUCCGGCCGUUAUGGGAAAUUGCCGAUGGAACAAUGAACUCUUCUUUGUGCCCGCAUCGGUCAAGAAUUGGACCGUCUUUGCGCUGCUUUCACAAAACGACUCAAAAAAGGAGAGUAUGAUCAACAACCUCAUCUCUACGCUUGUAAACACUGGCAAGCAAUUCGGAAUGGCUUUUGAAGCUCAUCGCUACAAGAGGGUUGACCAAUACAAGAUCGAAGAGGCGUUCGUCAGCGCACGACAAGACGCCAUCAAGUUCAUUCUGUUCGUUCAAUCGGAUCAGCUAAAGUGCCACGAUGCCAUCAAAGCUUUCGAGCAGAAAUACCAGAUCCUCACACAGGAUCUCAAGUUCUCCAAAGUGUUCGAAACUUCCAAGCGCGACACCAUGAAGAACAUUGUUCAAAAGAUGAACAUGAAGAAUGGCGGUCUCAACCACAUGGUCGUUGAUCAACGCUUUGACCAAAGGGUCUUGUUUUUGGGAAUCGAGUUCACCCAUCCGGGACCGUCUUUGCCUGGAAAGGAGCCAUCGAUGCCCAGCGUACUCGGAUGGUCAGCCAACAUUACCGCCCAACCGCAGGUCUUCGUCGGUGACUACAAGUACAUUCAACCGCGUGCAAGCGACGAUCAAUCUGAAAUCGGCAUCUACAUGAAAGAAGUCUUCAAUGAGGCCAUUACGCGUUUCAAAGCAGCUCGUGGCGCUCCCCCUGGCCUUGUCAUCAUCUACCGCAAUGGCGCCUCUGAAGGCCAAUAUCCCACCUUGGUCAAUGAGGAAUUGCCUCUCUUCUACAAGACUUGCGAUGAGAUGAGCGGUGGCAAGUACAAGCCGGAACUCGUGAUGAUCGCUGUGAACAAAGAUCACGUUCACCGUCUCUACAAGCCACAACCUGGAGGAGGUAAGCCGGCCGAACAAAACAUCAUGCCUGGAACGGUCGUCGACAAAGGAAUCGUCUCAGCUUUGCGCAACGAGUUCUUCCUCACUGCUCACAGUGCCUUCCAAGGUACAGCAAAAACUCCGAGGUACACUGUCAUCAAGAACGGCACCACCAAGGACACGCUUUUGACUAUGGAUGUGAUUCAGGAAUUCACUUAUGCUCUCACAUUUGGACAUGGCAUUGUCAGCAUGACCAUCUCGAUCCCCGUUGUUCUCAAGGUGGCUGGAGAAUGUGCAAAGCGAGGAAGCAACAAUUAUAAAGUGCAUUAUGGUGAUGUAUCGUCUUCGGGUUUGGGACCAGAAAAUGUGGAGGCUGCGAAUCGCGAUUUGACCUACUCGAAGAAGCCACUUUCAAAUCCCAACUUGCUGCCAUAUCCUUGGAUCCAUUUCCCAUUGGCAACCUAUCCACCACUCAUCUCGGCCGAGAAGAAUCGACUCGCUAACGAAAUCUUGAACGAUGUAAAGUGCAUGUCACUCGGCGAACGAUUUGCCCGCCAGAAGAAAACGCGCGUCAAGUACGAUCAAUUACUUCAUUUCAUGAAAGAUGCUGGUGAACGGGUGGCAACUGGAGAGAAGUUGGAUGUGCUUGACGCUAAAAUUGUCAACAACCUCGAGGAGACAUCGGAAGAUCUGAAGCUUCUUUCGUCGGGAAAAGAAGUUGCCCUCGAUGCGUGCUACAUGGUGGAAAACGUUCAUUUGAUGCGCGAGCGAGUGAAAAUGUUGCAGGAACAUCAAGCGGACAAGCGACUCAACGUCAAAAUUUAUGCGGAAAAGAUCAAAAAGAAGGAGAAAACGGAUAAACAAAUACAACGACAAAAGAAAGAAGCGGCGGUGAUUCUCGAGCAAAAGGAGAAAGGUGAAAACAUGGGUGAGGAUCAAUUGGUCACCAUUGAGCUUGAUUUUAUCCGAAAGACGUUCCUCCGCUUGCUCAAGAAGACAGACUCGACUUCUUGCAACUACUAUGAGUUCAUCUUUGAUCCCGAUGAUUUUGGACGCACAGUCGAGAACAAGCGGCUCAACGUCAAAAUUUAUGCGGAAAAGAUGAUAACUUUGUUA